AUGUUCGCCAACCAGCUCACUGCCUUCGUCCUCGCUUCUGCUCUUUCCUUGAAGGGUGCCAUGGCUGGUCCUCUUGCCAGCCAACAGCCACCUUUCCCUGGUGGUGGAACCACCUGCAGCAGCACCAACACCAUCACUCAGACAGGGUUCUACGACCCCCUUUGCUCGGUCGUCGUCACUGUGACCGAAGCUCCCCAGGCCACUUGCACUAGCACCAGCACCAUCACGGUCACCCUCCCCUUCGACGGCGCUGUCCCUAACGCCUUCCCCACCCCGGCCCCUACAGCUUCGGUCGUACCCCGUGGAGCAGAUGACUGCUCCGUCGUCGUUACCGUCACCGUUCCGGGACCUGGCGAUGGCCCCCACGGUCCUAAGGGAGGGUUCACCACUUGCCCUUUCACCAACACUGUCACCCAGACUUUGGCCCCAACUCCGGCUGACCCUGACUGUUCUGUUGUUGUCACUGUUACCGAGCGCCUUCCCAGGCCCACCCACUUUUAG